AAAAACCCUCACCCAUGGCUCUCCAGCAUCAUUAACUAAGGAAAAAGGACAUGGCUUCAGCUCUUGUUUCUUCCACUGUCUUGUCUGUGUUUCUUGUUUUUGUUGCCACGGUCUCGGCUCAAACACCUCCGGCUGCGGCUCCUUCUGGUCCAUUGAACUUCACCGGCAUCCUCGACAAAAAUGGCCAAUACACCUAUUUUCUUCGCUUCUUAGCCGACACUCAAGUGGAUAGCCAAAUUCAGAACCAACUCAAAACCACCACUGAAGGGUUCACCGUGUUUGCUCCGACCGACAAUGCCUUCAACAACCUUAAACCCGGUCUCGUCAACAGCCUCGACGAGCAAAAGAAAGUACAAAUGGUGUUGUACCAUGUUCUUCCGAAAUACUACUCCUUGAACGACCUCCAAUUCGCGAGCAACCCCGUUAGAACUCAAGCCACGGGUCAAGACGGCGCGAUUUUCGGGCUCAACUUCACCGGCCAGAACAACCAGGUUAACGUCUCGUCCGGCGUGGUGGAGACGCUGGUUAACAACGCGUUGUACCAAAAGAAACCUCUGGCAGUUUACCAACUCGACAAGGUGUUGUUUCCCGAGGAGUUUUUCGAAGCUAAAUCACCAGCCGGUGCUCCUUCACCGGCAACCACUAAGAAACCAUCGGAGCCUAAAUCUAGCUCAAAGGCCAGUGAGCCUGCCGCUGCCGAUAAUUCUGGCUCGAGCGGGAGGAAUAUUGGAUUAGGGUUGGCCAUUGGGAUCGCAUUGGCUUGCAUGGGAUUUCUCUCAUGACCAUAUGAAGUUUGUGUCAUUUUGUCGUCGUAAUUUUCCAUCAUAAUUUAAUUUCUUGGUUUCUCGCAUGGUUCGAUAAAAGGGUCAGGUUGCGGCUUUGAACAUAUUGUCUUUCUUCUUCAUCUUUUUGUUGAUUUUUCUUCUGCA